GUACUUGGAAAUGAAACGUUAUGUACGAAAACAAGAACAGUGCACUUUAGCCGUCCUAUAAAUACAAACGCCCAUUCAUAAAAAAAAAGUAUUAUUGUGAUAGCUGAAGAUGAAGAUCAUUGUGGUGUUCUUGCUGUCAUUGCUGCUUGUUGGCGUUCUGUCCAAAAAGAAACACAAGCCCAGGGGCAAAGACGAACUACGAUUUAAGGCUCUGACGUUUAACACUAUACUUUUGAAUAAAGACAUCCAAGAAAACGACGUCCUACCCGGUGACCCACCAACUACCGUCCCAAGAAACAAAGCUGAAAAUGUGAACAAAGUGGAGAGGAGGGGUAAAAUUGUUCAACAAUUACUGCAGUCGGGGGCAGACAUGGUUUGUUUGCAAGAGGUCGUUUUUGAAGAAGAUGUCCAGGCCCUGGUGGACGGUCUUCGGAGUGUAUAUCCUCACUCCUUCAGCUCCAUACACAGCUUCAAAGAUGAUACAAUUUUCAUCAACGACAUGUUUAGGGGUCCUAUAUGCGAUCCCAUCAAGCUGAGAAGCAUGUUUGCUUGUUUUGACGUACACUGUGUCACGGAGUUACAGUCUGGUGAAAUCGACGCGGGAUUGUUCAAGUGCGGUUUCGCCAAUUGCAGAGCAGAGUUUGCUGCUCUUGUGGCCACGAGUGGACAAGACUGUAUCAUUUGUAUGAAAUAUACCGCAAUUGGUCUGAUCAAUCAAUGUUCCAACUCUACUGUAGGUGGUCAUAAACGUAUUAACACGCACGGUCUGCUGCUCGUAUCAAAGAAGCCGUUGACAAACAGGGCCACUAUCCCUUUUUACCCAGGGACGACAAACAAUAUCGACUCUGCAGUCCUUGAAACACUCUAUGACGGUCACACGAAGGUCGUCUGCUCUCAUCUCACUGUAUAUGCACCUGUAACAGGAGAAAUUGACGUAGCUCUGCUCGGGCUUUUGAAUUAUGAAGCCAUGAGCACAUUUGAAGUGAACAACCUUGUAUCGAGGUAUGGAGAUGACACCGGGACCGUUAUACUGGGGGACUUCAAUAUCGGCCCAGCCGACCCGACAAAUUCUAUACUUGCUAAUGGUGAAGAGAACUACAAUGUUCUGGAAGGUGCAUUCACAACAACUCGCGUGCAGCAGUGCACAUUCUGUGGUUUCCCGGACAACAUUUAUAACCAGGCCAUGUUCGAGACCCGGUCAUUAAUUAUAGACCAUAUAUUUGCCAGCAAUGGCACGGAAGUGGUCAAUGCACAGAGAAUGUUCCGCCCUGUUGAUGCCAACACGACGACGUCUGACGCCGACGGUAACCGCCCUCUCAGUGACCACUACGGAGUCAUGGCAGAAAUCAGACGGAAACCCCUCAGGGAAUCAAAGCGAAAGCCACGAAAGGAACCUAGCAUGAAAAAAAUGCCCUAAUUUUAACACUGCAAUACAGAAAAAUAUAUUUUCACUAUAGAUAUAUGUUCGGGGGACUCUUAUUUCUUUAUUAAGUUCGGAUGAGACCGUAUCCCAUGCAAGCAUUUGUUGUGUCACAAGUUGCAAUACUAGUGUGUUGAGUUGUGGUUGCAUACUUGUUUGUAUCAACCUGUAAGUAUUGAGCAUUUCUGACAAUGUAUAUUGUGUGUUUACUAUCCAUAUAUACUUCUGUCAAUGUAUGUUGUGUUAUUCUGACAAUGCAUAUUUCUGUCAAUCUAUGUUGUGUAUUUCUGUCCAUAUAGUCUAAUAUAUACUGUGUAGUUCUAACAUUCGGUUUUAAUGAAAAAGGAUUAAACAUAUUCAUCCUUUUUCAUAUCCAUUUAAGAAAAAGAAAGGGAGUUAAAAUGGAGUCAGUGAGCCAACAUGAUGUUCUAUAGUACAGAUUUUAAUCUCUUUAAUCAAACAUGUGUUUGUAAUGAAAUUAGAGGGACUGUACUCCAUAUGAUGAAAUAGCGAAAAAAAGAGAAAAUUGUCGAAAACUGACAUAAUCUUGGUAUCGAUGUGUACAAUGCAUUGAAACUUACUAACUGAAGUACCACAAAGUUUACAAUUUAUUUAAUUUUCGCAGUGUUUUCGUAUUUUUCCAUUAAAAAAAUUCAUGGAUAUGUCUACCUAGUAGACUUCAUUCCUUAUGCGUGAUUGGCUAGUGGAUGUUAUCACGUGAUACUACCGAGUUAGGUGUAUAGCUUAAUUAUAUCACCCGUUUAGAAUAAGCCUUCGUAGCUCAGUGGAUACAACACUAGACUGCAAUUUUGGCGACACCGGUUUGAACACGGUCUUCGACACUUUUUUUUUUAAUUUACAAAUAUGAAAUCAGCGAGUAAAACAUUUUAUUAAAUAAUUGUCCUGAGAUUUGUUACAGAAAAGAAAUAUUUUUGGUGCCAAUAUUGUGUCCCUUUAAAUAACGCAUAUCAGAAUGCUGUAAAAUAGCCUCAGUGAAUAUAUAUAGUGAAGUAUAUAUGAAAUAUUUCUGUACAUAGAAAAAAAGUAUAAUGAUCUUCAUGCAAUCAAUGUUGAUCAAUGAAAAUCACCUGGUCUAAUGUAAAAAAUCCCAUAAAGAGUAAAUUUCAUCAAAUUCGGAAAUGACGUCUCAGUGUUUCAUGCUAUUUCUUGCUUUUUAAACAUGUGACAUUUGAAGCUGAAUGGUUUGUGAUAUGAAAAAACUGGGUGGACGUGCUGGACCUACUUGAUCCAUUCAUUACAUUGUCUGUAGUCCUACACCAGAUAUAAAACAUUGUGGUUACGUCCAACCAUUUUUUAUUAUAAUAAACGCAAUUUUUUACCUACAGAUGUUAAAUGUUUAGUACACAAGUGGAAUGCUCUCCCCCUAAAUGGUGUUGUGAAAGACUAGAAAUCAGUGUUAUUGAGUAUAGAAAAUAUAUCGCUUUUUUCAUUAACAUGGUAGAGGGCAAGUAGUCAAUGUUUCUUUCAUUAUAAGGAAGAGUUCUUAAUUUUUAAUAUGCUUUUCCUGUGAUUUAUAGAGAUUUAUCAGUGAAACACAAUAACAAUCGAGUGUUCCAAACAGUGAAAUAAAAAUUUAAACGUCA